AUAUCGCAAUAAUCAACACCCAUAUCGCAUUUUGUAUGUUUUUUCCAAUAUCGUGUAGCCCUAAUAAGAGUGCGAGAGUGUUUUUGUGCUUGCUGAUCCCAGCCCAGUUGUACAACAUCUUUUGUUAAUAGAAGAUCUCUGUUACAGUCAAUCCAUUGACAAGAACAAGUGAUGUUUAUUUGACGUCGCUUAUCUUGUAUGUCUUGUCUUUCUUGAUUUGAAGUUGCUUGUUGUGUUGACAAAACAAUCCUUUUAGUUGCGGACUUUGUCCUUCACCCGUGACGUGAUUUUUUUUUCAACACUGGAAAAGAAAGAAAGCACGGUUGACCAACAAUGAGACGCGUAUGUUAGCUUCUUCGGCGGCCGGUCGGGUGUCAACGAUGGAAAGCGGCGAGGACGACAAGCUGCUUGACUUUUCCUCGUCCUCGUCGCCGGCUUCUCCUCCGAACGACGAGUUGAAGAAGCUGCGUUGUUUCAAAGUGUACAAGAGGAGGUGGUUCGUCCUCUUCGUUCUGUGCCUGCUCAACUGCUCGAAUGCCACGCUAUGGCUGACCUUCGCACCAGUGGCGGACCAGUCUGCGCAGUACUUUUAUGUUUCCUUGGCGAACAUCAACUGGUUGUCAGUGGUCUACAUGGUGGUGUCUAUUCCGCUCAGCUUCGCCACUACCUGGAUGCUGGACACUGUUGGGCUGCGCCUCACGCUAAUCCUGGGCUCAUGGUUGAACAUGUUCGGCGGCAUCAUGCGCAUCAUGGGCGGUCCGCCGGGUACGGCCCUCAAGAUCAACUAUGCGGUGGUGAUGCUGGGACAGACGGUGGCAGCGUUGGCGCAGCCGCUCAUCAUCUUUACGCCCACCAAGAUGGCGGCACUCUGGUUCCCGGACCACCAGCGGGCCACGGCCAACACACUGGCCUCCAUGGCCAACCCGCUGGGUAUUCUGGUGGCCAACUUGGUAUCGCCUGCCAUGGUGCGCACAUCAGAUCAAAUCCCCACCUUGCUUUUAACCUAUGCCGUUCCCGCCUGCGUUGGCUGUUUCCUGACAACGGUGGGCAUCCGCAGCAGUGCCCCGCCCACACCACCAUCGGCCAGCGCUGAAUUUUCCACCUCCGAACCCUUCGUGCAAGGCAUUAAACUGUUGCUGAAGAACCGAGCAUAUCUGGUGCUGCUGCUGUGCUUCGCUUCUGGCGUGGGCGUGUUCACAUGCUUCACCACGUUGCUGGACCAGAUCUUGUGUGUGCAGGGCUACACUAAUGACUUUGCAGGCCUGUGCGCCGCUCUCUUUAUUGUGUUUGGCAUCGUGGGCGCCGCCUUACUGGGGCUCUACGUGGACAAGACGAAACGGUUCACAGAGGCCAUCAAGAUUAACAUGGGCAUCUCUGCCUUGGCGGGCAUCGCUUUCUCUGUGGUGUGUCUGAUGCAGCAGCAGAGCAUCGCCGUGGCGACGGUGUGCUCGCUCUUUGGCUUCUUCGGCUUCUCCAUUUACCCGGCGGUCAUGGAGCUGUCCGUGGAGUGCUCCUACCCGGUGGGAGAGGCCACUUCGGCAGGACUCAUCUUCAUAUCAGGGUACCAAAUCAAGUCCCAGUGAGGCUUCCGGUUUAUUCAGGGGAGGUUAGGUGAGCAUUUAUUCUGGAGUCUGGGACCCUAAAUAUGCACAAAUAUAAUGUGUCAAUUUGGGGGAAGAUAAAGCCCUCACAAAGGCGAUUCUGUUGCCAGUGAAGUAAUAGCAAACACUGGUCAAAAAGUUUUUACUAUUUGUUUUUAAUCAGAGGAAUUUUUUGCACCGAUUCCGAUUCUGCUCUCGUUUUUUUCUCGAGCAUGUAAGGUUUUCAUCAUCAUCAUAAUAGUAUUAGUAAUUGAAAUUAUUUGUGAAUUUAAGGUUGGGUUCAGCAACAGGUAGAUUUUUUUUGGUCUGAAAUGUCAUAGCUAUGAAUUAUGUGUGGUAAAAUUCGUGUUGCACAAGCUUUUAUGGGUCAAACUUCAAAAUGAAAAUAUCUCAAAAACCUGAUCAGCAUUUAAAAUAUUAAUAAUAAAUAAUUUAAAAUAUACAUCUAAAUAAAUAUAUCUGAGACAUAAAAUUGGCUCUUGAAUAUGUAAUAUUCCUGUAAUAAAUCACCUGUAAGUCACUUGUGGAUUUUUGAUAGCCCACCCACAGGUUGCCGGUAUAAAAGAAAUACAACAUUUUUGGGUCCUCUUAUAUUCAUUCAUUCACUGCCUGAGGGUGCUUC